AUGGAGACGGGGAAAACCGGACCCGUGGCAUACCAGGCGUCCACACUCAAGAGCACAAAGGCUGCUAACCAAACUGAACAGUGUAGAGCCUCCUCUACGCAGGGACAGGCACCCACACCCGUCGCAGCAACCAUCACCAUCGCACUCCAGCGCCCGUUGUGCGGCCGUCUGUUCGCUACCCACACGUUGGCGGAAGAGCACCUGACAACGGCGCACGCCGAUGGUGUCCUCCAGCCGCUUCCACAUCCCAGUAGCCAGGGCCCAGUGGCGGGCAACCGCUGUCAGUUAUGCGACAAAGCGUUCGCCUCGACCAGUAGCCUUCGCACGCACACGCUCAUCCACGCGGGCAGACGGCCCCACGCAUGCCUGGUGUGCGGCAAACAGUUCACGGCCUUGUCGAACCUCAAGGCCCACGCGGUCAUCCACACCGGAGAGCGGAGAUUUCGGUGCAGCGAGUGCGGCAAGGCCUUCGUCACGUCCAGCCACCUCAAGACCCACUCUAUGGUGCACAGCGGCCGAAAACCCUUCCAGUGCGAGGUCUGCCUCAAGGAGUUCGCCGUGAGCAGCAACCUGCGCUCGCACAUGUUCGUGCACACGGGCGAACGACGCCACGAGUGCCACGUCUGCGGCAAGCAGUUCUCUUCGUCCAGUCACGUCAAGACCCACAUGACCACUCAUUCCGGCGAGCGGCCCCACCGUUGCGAUCUCUGUCCCAAAACGUUCUCCGUGGUGAGCAACCUCAAGGCCCACCGGAAGAUUCACCUGGGCCAGAAGGACCACGCGUGCGACGUGUGUGGCAAGCUCUUUUACACCUCCAGUGAUAUGAAGUCCCACAGGAUGGUGCACACCGGCGAGAAACCGCACCAGUGCCUGGUCUGUCUGGAGCGGUUCGGAAAGCGGUCCAACAUGAAGGCGCACGCCUUGACGCACACCGGUGAGCGUCCCUUCAAAUGCCAGUUCUGCGAAAAACGCUUCUCCAAGGCAGCCAACCUCCGCAUCCACGUGAACAGAUGCCACGCCGAGAUGAUCGCCGUCCAGCCAAAGCGCGGUUAUGCAUGUCCUCACGCCCUCAACGAAACAGCGAGCGCGUCUCUUGUUAGGCUGGAAACGACGCCCACUGAUUGCAUUGCUGAACAAGCCGUUAUGGAAGAAGACAGUGCUCCUGGAAACGGAUGCACGAUGGAGUAUAUGACCCCGAAGGAUGAUGUGACGGUUGCAAGUUUGUCGGCUGUUAUUCACGGUGAUCUUUUUUGACCGAAGGCGGGGGUUGCUCUCGAGACUUCCUGGCAAAGAUCAUUGUCUCUCAGACCGGACCGUAACGCACAAAAUUGAGAAAAAGAAAGAGAUGAAUAAGAAAACUUUUAGAAUAGCCUUUCUC